AUGCUACCAAGAUUGAUAUUACCAAUAUUUCUGCUACUCACUAUUAUAGGUACGUUAUUAAACGCUUGCGAUUUGGAUCAAAUGCAAUAUGGAUGUCGUAUCUAUAAUGCACAAUGUAGAUGCGGUUACGGUUGUUCCUCCGAAUACAGAUAUAACAGUAACGAUGAUUGCAAAGAAGCAUUAAGAGGCAGGCGUAGCGAUAUAUGUUAUAGAUCAAAACCUUGUUUAAAUGGAGGAUCAUGCUUGCAAAUAUCAUCAGAACCUGGAUUUAAAUGUCGCUGUGAAGGAACCGGUUAUUACGGACCACAUUGUGACAAACCUUGCACAGGACCAAAUAAUCAACGUUUCCGAGGACCGUUUCCUUAUGAAUGUGUUGUGAUCUAAUUUACAAUUUGCCUUCUUUUAAUCUAUCAAAAAUGAAAUACAUCCAGUAUGUUAAGUACAAAAAAUAAACAUAUUUUGCGAAACUUUACACAUCUUUGUACAUACAUAAUAAAUAUAUUGUAUAUAUGAC